AUGCGAAACACUGGUUCUCUCGGCCGGGGCCGUGGCUAUGUGGAUGCGGCGAACCUUCCGCGGCUCUCCAAGGAACCCAACACGCUGCUCCGAAAGGUGGUUUUGUACCGCGGAGACAUCACCGAGUUGAACGUCGAUGUGAUUGUGAACGCGGCAAAUCCCUCUCUUCUUGGCGGCGGCGGCGUCGACGGCGCCAUACAUCGAAAGGCUGGCCCGGAGCUACGCGCUUUCAAUCAGACCCUCGGCGGAUGCAAAACAAGCGAAGUGAAGGCGUCGCCGGCGUUCCAGCUCUGCUGCAAACAAAUUUUCCACACAGUCGGGCCGAGAGGCGAACAGCCGCAGGCUCUUCGGGCGUGCUACCAGAACGCUUUGGAGCUCUUGAAGAAAUCCAAAUUCCGCACCAUUGCGUUCCCCUGCAUCUCGACGGGAAUCUACGGCUAUCCUCAACUCAACGCAGCUCAGGUUGUGACGGACUGCGUCACCAAGUGGCUGAAGGUCCCGGCGAACUUCGAGGCCGUCGACUUCAUUGUUUUUUGCGUGUUCGAGCGACAGGAUUUCGUCUUCUACGAACAGCUUCUUGCGAAAGUCAAGUGUCGGGCGCCCGUGUCGAUCGCCAGCGCGUUCGCUCCGCCCACGUCCGAAGAUGAACCUGCAUCUGUCGCGCCACUGCAAGCUCGCCUCGUCACCGCUGCGCCGGACUGUGUCCCCGCGGUGCACGGGGAGCCGCCCGAGCCUCGCGCAGAGGCGUCGCGUGCAGAGGAGCGAAUGGGGAACGCAGGCGACGGCUCGGUCCCGGCUGAGGAUCCGGGCGAGGAUCCGAAGCCGUGGGGAGGGUCCUGGGUUCUCUGCGGCGGCGGCGAAGACGCAACGCGUGAGGAAGAAGACGGCAUUGGCGACGAAGACGACCGAACGCGGGUGUUUGCGUACCGGGGCACGCAGGAAGGCAUGGAGCUGCAGCCGCUGAAGAGGCCUACAGGGCCGGAGGACAGUCCCUGUGGGUCCAGCACGCGCCGCGAGCGCCGCGGGCGCCGCGCUGAGGAAGCCUCGCGAGCAGGCGAUACGGGCACAACGCGUGGCCAGCAGGCGAGGCGAGAGUCAGCCCUGGAGGCCCGCGAGGGCGGGAACCGGCAAAAGCGGCGGGCGUCAGUGGACGAGGACAGUUCGGAGGAUGACCUCUCUGACGAGUGCCCUGCCGUUCGGCUCGUCGAGAAGCAGGAACGCAGGGGUGAAAGGCGAAGACGGAAUGAGCGGAAGGACCGACGCGGCCAGCCAGAGCGGCCGACGAAGAAGGAAACCAAGAGACGAAACAGCGACUGCUUCGACCGGCAUCUACAAGAGCGCGUCGAUGCCGAGGAGCGCCUAAAGCUCGCGACUGACUACAGUUCCGUGUCGCCCUCUCCCUCGGGAGUUCCUCAGAGCUGCGGGGCUGGUCACUCUUCGCCACCGCAAUCGGCAGGUGGAAGUCCGCGCCAGGCGCUCGCCGCGCAGCUUCACAGUGCGGCACGCGACGCGGAGAGCCUGAGCGAGAGCGCGAAGACAGUGGAGAUCAUCUCGGGCGGUGUGGACGAGAACCCGGCUGCGGCUGCCGUGCCCGUUGCGGACGCUCGCCGACAAGAGCCGGCCCUCGAGCCGGCUACCCCGAGUUCCAGAGACACUGGACAGGAAGCGAAGCUUGCAUCAACUCGGGGUUCGGGUUUUCGAUCGCCCAAUGCGUUCCCUUUGACUGCUUCAGCUGGAGCCGCGCCGUCGCCAAGAUGCGCCGAGGCGUUGCCUGAGGGAUCUCCCGCUGAGACAGCCGCGGGCGCCAGUCCGAAAAGCGGAAACAAGAGUGCGCCGGCGGCGGCGAAAAGGCACAAGAAGCCGCAGUCCGCUGAGGAAAAGAAGAAGGCGUGCAGCCCGCCGGAAGGCAAGCGGAAGACCAAGCAGGCUUCCAGGCGGGACAGCCAAAACUCUCAGGAGUCGCCCAAGGCUUCUGCAACUACAGCGCAGCCACCGGACCGGACCGCAUCGCUCGGCGAGGAGCUGAGCGGCGCGCCUGGGAAUCGUGGGGCGUUGAACGACGGCGAGGAGUCCCACUGGAGCGUGACUCGGCUUGAACUGCCUCCUGUGAAUCCUCUCGCAGAAGGCCCUCUCGUGGGGAACCAGAAUUGUCCACUGCAGAGCGCGGACGUCUCCAGUGGCUGUACAGCUCCGAGAGCGUCGUCGGGGGAAACGGAAGAGCGGAGCAAACGGCCUCUUAGCUCAGUCACGCCGAGGUCCAGCGGCAGUCGCGGAGGUGCGCGGCGAGCGCGCAAACAGCGACACAGAAAGCAGCAAGCAAAAGGCCGGAGAAACACUUAG